AUGUUGAUGUCAAAACAGUCGUCGUUUCCGCAACACCAGAUGAUGCAGCAGCAGCAGGGGCAGGGCCAGUUUGAUGUGGCAUACCCACAGCAACAACAACAACAACAACAACACAUGCCGCAGCCGUCGCAGCAUCUCAUUUCGUCGCUGCAGCAUUGCGUGUCUUCUACGGCGAGCUGUGUUCAGACUAUGAAGGAGGCGAACGAUACGCUCGAGUUUGCCAUCCAAGACCAUCCGCGCUUGAUGACUGUGCUCAAAUCACGCCGUCACUUUGACCUGGUCUCGCAACGGGACAUCGAGAUCGCACGCGAACACGUUGCCUCCGAGGUCCGCCCGCACAUUGAGGAACUCUGUCGCCGAGCCUCCUCCCAGAUCGCACGCCUAGACCGCCGUGCCGUGUCGCUGAAAAACAAGAACGAAUCCCUCCAGCAGCGCAUCACAAAUCUCCGCUCCAUCGACCUCCACCAAUCCAAACUCAACCACACUGCACAGCUCGACGCGGAGACGGAACUGCACGAUACCCAGGAGCAGCAGGCCUUGAAGCGACAGCUCGAACAACAGAAUCAGAGACUCGCCCAGCUGAAGGCGAGGAAGGAUGCCCUGCUCGCAACGGCUGACAAGCUCGAGUCCGAGACCCAGGCUCAUAUGUGA